AUGAAAGUAUGUAGGCGAGGAAGGCUAGGAAAUGCUCGCAAUGUCGUGCAAACAAUGGGCCCUUGUUUUCUGGUUCUGAUGCUGCUUUGGAGUGCAAAAUCUUCUUGUGGGACUUCCAGGCAGCCAGAAAACAGUUUUGUGGUGCUCCAGCACGGGCUUUCACCGAGAUUGUCGCCACAUCAUGUUUUUCUCGGUGCAUCUCAACAAACACGAAAUUCACCCGCUUUCGUCUCCAAAGUGGUGCCAACUCCAACAAUUUCAGCAUUGGCAGUUUCGGCAAGUGCGCUUUUGUGUUCUGUAUUGUGUGGGCGAACUCCGUUGAAAAAACGUUUGGAGGUCGUGCGUUGCCAUGCUGGCUUCCAGGGUUCUGGAUUGACAGGAAAGUGGGGUUGUUACAAGACGGAAGGCGAUAUUGAUGGUUAUUGGAAAGCUACUGGUCUACCCUGGUUGGCCCGGAAAGGGCUCCAACUCAUGGACUGGGGUGCUGGGAAAAAUCAAAACAUUCGCGAAUUUCUUCAAGAUGGGAAUAGCAUCAAAAUGGAAUAUUCUUUCGAUGGACCUGGUCUUGGAGGUCUUGGCUUCACGGAGACCUACACGGUUGGCGAUGGCAUCCAACAAAUCACCCGAAUGGGCGGUGCCAAGAUUUUGGUUGACCCGGCUUGGGAAUCAGAGUCUGUUCUGCGUAUUCAGAACAUGAACCCAGCAAAGCAAACCAAAGGUUGGGCGAAGACAUUGAUUUCAGGUGGCCAAGACGAAGAGACUGAAAGGCAGAUGGUGGAUGGCGAGAGUAAAGAAAACGAUCUCGAUCCGGCUGAUUCAGACGCCCUCAGGAAGGUCAAGGAUGUCAAGGAUGUCAAGGCUUCAACGAUUUCGACUCAAAGUUCCCAGAGCCGUUUGUUCGCCUCCAGCAUCGCAAUUGUAUCCUUUGCAGGGAUCCGAAGAAAGAGAUUUCGAGUUUCCAAAGAAGCAACUUCGGAGGUUCUAGAAACAGCCAAGGAGGAAAACAACAAUGAAUAUGCGUACAAAAUGGUGAAGAUUGCUGCCAUUGUCACGGUCUUGCCUUUUCUUUUCUGCAUUGGAAACUUUUUCUAUGAUCCAGCCUUGAGUGACUUUAGUGUUGAAUAUGGCCCACAUCUGGCACACCCGGCCUUGCGAACCACUUCUGUGGUUCAAGCCAUUUUGGUAUUCUCAGCGGUGCUUUGGCGAGAAAAGUACCGCAGUGAUCCAAUUGACCGACUUUUUGCUUGGCUUUUUGUGCCCGAAGCUGCUACGCACAUUCUUCUUCACUGGUUUAGCCACUACCAUGCAUUUGCAAAUUUUGCUUUUGCAUAUGCGUUCAGUGCGGGCAUUGCUUUGCCUGGUUUCCUGUCGCUCCUGUGCUACGUGCCGAAGGAGAAAAAACUUCCAUGGUUGUAUCUUGCCUUGUACAUGAUUACUCAGAUACCCAUUGUUGCAGGCCUCACCAACAUGGUUGGACCAGCCAAGAUGCGUUUGAAUUUUGCAAAUAUCAACACUGCUUGGAUCACUACGCCUUUCUUUUAUGGAAUUCUAAAGCGCUGGAAGGAUGUUCCAAAAGCUCCGGUGGUGCUGGCUACGUUGACAAUCUCUUACCAGGUGGCCAUGGGAAUCAUGGGCCCUAUUACUGGAGCUUCAAACUUAAAGCUUUAUGAUCCCUCGUGCAUCUUUCAGCAUGGAGUGGUUGACAUUGGCUUUGGAAUCGCUUACGCAGUAUCCAUUGUCUGCGGUGUCUUUAGACCCAAAGUCCCGUGUCUGAGGUACACUGGCGGCAUUGAGAUGCUGCAGGGUGCAGCUGUCAGAGCUAAUUUGGUCCCGAGUAUGCCAGCAGAAACUGACAAGGCCACAGCUAAAGAGCUGCAAAGAAUAAGGCGUUUGCCAGAGAAUCGGGUAUGCCCAAACUGCUUGAAAGAGGAAAGUGUGGGCUUUGGUGCAGUUUGUACGACAUUCAAAACGUUCGUUUGCCAUGACUGCAAAUCAGCCCAUCAAGGCUUCUCUCACCGCUGCAAGAGUGUUCAGAUGAGCAUCUGGACAAUGGACGAGGUGAAGGCGCUUGAUGAGUGCAAUGGUGGUGGCAACGCCUCAGCUGUACGCUGCUUUCUUUCUCGGCUGCCAGAGAAGGAGCGAGUAAAGCAGGGCAGUUCUCCUGACGCCUACAAGCGUUUUAUAGAGCGAGCUUACAUCAAGCUACGAUGGGCGGAGGACAAAUUGCCGGAGAGAGUGGAGGAGCAGGCGCUGAAAUUGGAGAGCGAAGAUUUUACCCUGCCAUCGUCAAAGAAAGGCAAGAAACGAAAGUCCAGGAAAAGCCACCAUGCUGCAGAAGGAAACUUGGAUUCUCCUCAUGUAAAGCCGGAUAUUGCGCAGGAGGUGUGUUGGCACCCGGAUGCGGAAGUUUUCCAGACCCAGGCUGCUGUUGGCAAUGGCUGGAUGUCCCAUGAUGCCUAUAGCUACACAUAUCCUGAACAGGAGAACUAUUGGGCUCCACAUGCAGGGCCUCACAUGUCCUAUCCAAGUGACCCUCCAUAUCAAGGUAGUUCGCAUGAAGAAAUAGGGCCUUACUCGUAUUCCGGUGGUCCUUCACUUCCAAGCGGAGGUGCUGCAAGUUGGCAAAAUGCGCCAGGAAGUCCUCAUGCGUCAUCACACAAUGAAAAGUGGCAGACUGGUGCACCUUCAGUGUCCACAGCGUCGCCUCCAUUUUCAGCUGCUGCGUCCUGGUCUACUUGGUCAAGCCCAACUGUAAAGGCAGCAUCUCUUCCUUUGGACCCGACGAAUCCUUGGGCAGAAGAUGUCCUGCAACUUUGCGAAAAGCAUGGCCAAAAUAUUGCAGGCCGCUUCGAUUUGAGUCCAGCCAUGGCAAGCACCUAA